AUGGCGGCCGGCUUGAGCGGGAUGUUCGGGAUCGCCCCCGGCGGCCCAGGCCCCGCUGGCCUCCUGCCCCUGAACCCCGGCGCUGGGUCGCGAAAUCCCAACGGCACUCUGGUGGAUGAGCUGGAGGCCUCCUUCGAGGCUUGCUUUGCUUCCCUUGUGAGUCAAGAUUAUGUCAAUGGAACAGACCAGGAAGAAAUUAGAACUGGUGUUGACCAGUGCAUUCAGAAGUUUUUGGAUGUUGCCAGACAAACAGAAUGCUUUUUCCUGCAAAAAAGGCUACAGCUCUCUGUCCAGAAACCAGAGCAAGUAAUUAAAGAGGACGUUUCCGAACUGAGGAAUGAGCUACAGAGGAAAGAAGCACUGAUUCAGAAGCACUUGGGGAAGCUGCGACACUGGCAUCAAGUUCUCGAAGACCUCAAUGUGCAGCAUAAAAAGCCGGCUGAAAUGCCUCAAGGACCUUUGGCUUACCUAGAGCAAGCGUCGGCAAAUAUCCCAGCACCUCUUAAGCAGACAUGAACAAGAAAGCUCAUUCUACUUUUGGAACACCAUUUCUACUUUUUAGACCAAGUGAUGUGGAACUUUUAAAAACCUUGUACAGUUUGUAUGGUAUAACUAUUUUUUUAAAAACUUUCAGCAUUAUUGCUAAGGUUGAAAAUGCAAUUUGUCAUCUAGGGAGCGGGCUUCUUUUUGUGUGUAUUCUAUCUGGGAGGGGGGGGGAAAUGAAACUGCAACUUGGCGUGUAGACUGAAAACACGGUUGUUGGGGGUAUUAAAAUGCUUUCUGCUAAAUAGUAAUUGGAAGAACAGCAGCAAGCUUCCUUCUUAAAUAUUGCAUGGGUGCCCUGGGAAACAGUAGUAAAAAGAAAGACUCAGCCACUGAAGGGAUUGCUUCGUGCCUUGCUUUUCUGGCUGAAGUCAUGUCCUUU